UCCAAACCAAAAAAGACGUUGAAUAACUUCAUCCUGAGAAAAGAACAUGUAUGUAAACAAAGUGAAAUAUAUGCGGUCUAGAGAGAUAAGCAGCCUAUAAAACACUCAAUGCUCACUUCCAAACUUGAGAAACAUUUUAUCUCAUCUCGCUUGCAUUUAGCUAGGAUGGGUUGCUGUUUCUCGAAGCCCAAGAAACCUAUACAGCCCAGCUCCACACCACAGCCCCCUCAUCCGCCUGUGCCUCCGCCUCCCGCGCCUACGUUGGAAAACUGUAUUGACCAUUUUCGGAAGAUCGACAAUACAGGCGACAUUGACUAUUUGAUUGAUCUCAUCGACGAGCUCUUGCAGUCACUUCUAAACAGGUCAAAACAAGAAACGACGUUACAGAGAAGCAUUAGCUCAGAAAAUUACUCCGAUACACUCAAGGAUAGAGCGAAAUCAGUAUGGGCCUCCUUUCUCCAAAGUGGGUCUGUAUUCCUUGAAUUUGUGAAUAGGCAUAUUCAGGUGGAGAAGGAAGACGAAGGAAACAGACAAGCUGUUGUACAAAUAUUGGAAAGUGUGGGGAAGGUGCAUUGGGUAGUUGGAGGGUUAUCGAUCUUAGCUUUCUUGCUAAACCAAAUGGGUCAAAUCUCUGAAAACCGCAGUGAAUGCAUAGAACUCUUAAAACAAAUGAGUAAGCUUGCUGGGCAUAUAAGAAAGCUGAAGUAUGAUAUGCCACAAGAAUAUAAGAUAUUGAAUGAAGCGAUUGUAUUGAUUGUUCAGGGAUCAAUGAUGUGCGCUUCUCAAUUAAAGUCUCGAACAUUUUUCCGGUUUUUGAAGGCUUCCGUGGACUCCGAAAGAUUAGGUGCUCUACAACGAAAAAUAGACCAACUGUACCAGGAUCUUACAAUUACAGUAGCAAUAGAAAUACUACAUCAGAAACCUAUUUCCUUCCCUCCAUGGAAGCCCAUUAAUCCAGAAUAUGCAGUUGGCAUCCAAAAUCAGAAGAAACAAGUAAUGAACUUGCUGGACAUGGAAACAGAAAAUAGGUCCUCAGUGGCUGUAGUUAUUUAUGGAUUUGGGGGCAUUGGAAAGACCACGCUCGCCACUGCUGUUAUUGCGGACUUAGAUCUCACUGAUUACAACUAUUCGGCAAUUCAAAUCCAAGAAGACCGCUCCAGGAAUGACAUAAAAUGUAUGCAGCAACAAAUAUUGAAAGAUGCCUUCCCAGCAUAUACUUAUGACAGGAAUGUAGCUUUGAGAAACAGUGCAGAGGGUCGGGAUCAUCUCGCCAAAGCUUUCCAAGCCCAAGGAAACAAGCGAGUAUUUCUGUUUAUUGACAACGCUCUUCGCGCGGAAGAUUUGCAAGAGCUUUUGCCAAAAAGCUUAGGAGGCCUUCCGCAGCGUAGCAGAAUAGUAGUCACAACUCGAAAUUUGGGUGUGACAGAUAUGCUCAAGGACGGCCUUGCACGUCGUGAGCAUAGUGUGGGUACUCUUUCGAACAAAGAUGCCCUCAAAAUAUUGUUCAGAGAUUGCAAUCCUGAUAAUCCCAUAGACAAAGACGGAGAGAACGUACGAAAAACCCUUCAGAUUUGUGCUGGAAUUCCGUUAGUGUUAGAAAUUGUUGGUGCUCGUUUGCGCAAGCAGAAAUACGUGGUAGAGAGGUGUACGCAAAUAUUUGAAGCUUUGCAGACAGGAGAGGAUGUAAAGGAAGAAAAUCUGAGCAAACGUCUUGUCACUUCUGUGUAUAACGACUUGGAACCAUCUACGCAAGAGGCGUUUCUGGAUGUUUGCUGCUUCUUUUUUAGCUGGAGCCGCCACCAUGUGGAGUGCAUUGUUGGAGCCGAGCAGGUCACACAUCUGGAAGAGGCGGCUUUGUUCAAGACGUCCGACACAGGCAACGUGGUUGUUCAUGAUAUCAUCCGAGCAAAAGGGCUGAGUAUGUCUCGAUCCAAUAGAAUUACGGAUAUCCAAUCCUUGGUCGAUGUUGUAAGCGAGAAUCAGAGGCUCGACCAAAUUAAAGGAAUUUGGCUUAGCGGCAAGGAGAAUGAACCUUCGUACGAACUUGAUGAGAAGCACAUUUUUUCAGUGAACAAAUCUUUGAGAGUUCUGGCAUUGGGGAACCAGAUAAAGGUAUCAGGAUCAAGCCCAAAGACACCAAAAUUUAAAGAACUGAGAUUUCUCGGACUAGGUGGCGACAUCUCUGGUUUAUGGCCACUAAAUUUGGAGUCUCUUGAGCGGUUGGCUGUGUACCAUGGCCCUGUCUUUAAGGAUGAUGUGACUUUGAGUAAGCUACCCAAGAAGUUACGGAUAAUGAAAGCCACUGCACAGUCUGAAGAAUCUGCAAAGUCACAGGAGUCCAUGCCCGCCGAAGUCAUCCAAAAUGCUUUCUUGGAAGAAUUGGACUUAAAAGAAUUGAAGUGUCUCCAGAGACUACCUGAAUGGCUAGGUCACUUAACUGCUCUCAAGGUUUUGAUAUUAGAUGAAUGGGAUAAAAUGCAGGAGCUAUCCGAGCAGGUAUGUGGACUGCGUUCAUUAAGUAAAUUGAGCAUCUGUGGUGGCAAUUCUUUGCAGAAUCUGCCAGAAUCAUUUAACCAAUUAAGUUGUUUAGAAGAGUUGAUUUUAACUAGCUGCAAGCAAUUGGAAAAAUUGCCCUCAACUUUUGGCGACCUGAGUUCUCUAAAACAGUUGAAUCUAGCAGAGUGUGUUAUCUUAAAAGAACUUCCUUCAAGCUUCGGCAAAUUAAGCUCUUUGGAGGUUUUAAAUUUAGAGAAGUGCUGGAAACUGGAAGCAUUGCCUUCAAGCUUUGGGCAACUGCAUCGGUUAAAGAAAUUGAGCCUCCAGUCAUAUGGUCUUAAAGAUUUGCCUUCCAGGUUUGGGGAGCUUAGCUCUUUAGUAGAGCUGCAAUUGUCAGGUUGUCUGGAACUAGUGGAAUUGCCUUCUAGCUUUGGGCAGCUUGUUUCUUUAACACAUUUAGAUUUAAGUUGUUGCAUGAAAUUGAAGACCUUGCCCUCGACCGUUGGAGAACUUAAGUCACUAAAAUAUUUCAACUUAUCAGCUUGCUUUUUGCUAGAAGAAUUACCGUCUAACAUUGACGGUCUUCCAUGUUUAACACAACUUGAUUUAAGACGAUGUGACAGUUUGAAAAACUGUCCUCAAUUUUCUGCCCCGAGGCAAAGAAAUUUGGGUUUAACAAUUUGGCUUCCGGGACAAGGAGUCCAGGUCUUCUAAUCAGGGGCAUCAGUAGUUGAAGCACUAAUGUUGUAUUUAUCCUCUGCCGGUAGGGCACGAGAGGAAUAUGUAUGUAUAUGAUUCCCGCCAGUGUUCUUUAAUAUAUUCUUACAGUUUUCUCAACGGCUUGCGUUGGCUCCUCUGCAAAGAUUUGUUCAGAAUAGCCACGGGAUGAUUUUGAGGAAGGAGAAAAUAUUAUUGUUUAUUGA